CUUGACUGAAAAAAGGAACUUGCAGCUGCUGUGUUACCGCUGAUCGAUACCCGGAGCCUUUUCUGGUGUAGAUUUACCUGGAUUCCAAUGGUCAUGGUCAAAGAAAAAGUGGCUCAUGCGCAGAACACACACCACCACUCCGCAGAGAAGCCCCUGAUUCAGUGCUACAAGUGUGGGGAGCCAUGUAAGGGCGAGGUGCUGCGGGUGCAGAACAAGCACUUCCACCUCAAGUGCUUCACCUGUAAAGUGUGCGGCUGUGACCUCGCCCAGGGGGGCUUCUUCAUGAAGAAUGGAGAGUAUCUGUGCACGCUGGACUACCAACGCAUGCACGGCACCCGCUGCAAUGGUUGUGGGGACUUUGUGGAGGGGGAAGUGGUCACUGCUCUGGGCAAGACCUACCACCCUGCCUGCUUCGUGUGCACCAUCUGCAAACGGCCGUUCCCUGCCGGGGACAGAGUGACCUUUAACGGGAAGGACUGUCUGUGUCAGUACUGUGUCGAGCCCAUGUCUCCAGGACCGAAGGACAUCCUGGGCUCCAGCAAUUGUGCAGGAUGUGGUCGAGACAUUAAGAACGGACAGGCUCUCCUAGCACUGGACAGACAGUGGCAUCUGGGCUGCUUUAAGUGUAAGGCCUGCAACAAAGUGCUGACCGGGGAGUACAUCAGCAAGGAUGGCGCCCCCUACUGUGAGAAGGACUACCAGAUCCAUUUUGGAGUUCAGUGUGAAGCGUGUCAUCAGUUCAUUACAGGGAAGGUGCUAGAGGCAGGAGAUAAGCACUACCACCCCAGCUGUGCGAGAUGCAGCAGGUGCAAUCAGAUGUUCACAGAGGGCGAAGAGAUGUAUCUGCAAGGAUCAACAGUCUGGCAUCCUGGCUGCAAGAACACCACUCGAACAGAGGAGAGACACAGGGAGCGGCCUACGAGGUCGUCGUCCGAGAGUAUUUGUUCCAGACCUGGUUCAAGCAUACCUGGCUCACCGGGUCACACGAUCUAUGCAAAAGUAGACAAUGAGAUCCUUGAUUACAGAGACCUAGCUGCCAUUCCAAAAGUCAAAGCCAUUUAUGACAUUGAGCGCCCUGAUCUUAUUACCUAUGAACCUUUGUACACCACCUCCCUGGAUGAGAGAGAGGAGAGACGAGAGAGUGUGGGAGAGCUCCACACUGCCAGGAGGGAGCGUUCCCCCUUACCUGAUGACAAGUCCUCAAGAAACAUGUCGCCAACCCCACCUGGUGAGGGCUCUUAUGACAGAAGGGAACGCAUCCUCCAAAGGUCCACCAGUCAGGGCUCCAUAGGAUCACCAGUAUAUAAUCGCCAUGGCUACACCCCCACGUUGUCACGGUCACCGCAGCAUUUUCACAGGCCAGAGGCUCUGACAGGCAUGCAGAAGCUCUGCUCCUCCCUGUGCAGUAACAGUGUGGGCUCCAGAAAUAGUGACUCCCGCCCCACCUCCCCUUUCAGACACCACUUCCUCCCCCAUAGCCAAGGCACCGACCCGCCGAGUGGCCGGAGCUCCCCCCUCCCGCUCAGGCCCGACAGCCGGCCGGUCACCCCGCCUCUCUCUCAGACCCCUAAACAUUUCCACCUCCCAGAUCAGGGGAGCAACAUCUACAGGAAACCACCCAUCUACAAACAACACGAUACAGCUGCCAUAGCACGCCAAAGCAAGUCUGCUGAUGACAUCAUCAGAUCCGCCACCUUCCCCGCUGCCCAUGCUCCCUCUCCGGAUGACAGCUCACGGAGUGAGGGCGACCGUUGGCCCUACUCUCUCGCUGUAUUAGGAUCAGAAGGGAGGAGACGAUCCAGAGAGGAGGAGGAGGAAGAGGCCAUGAAAAGAAAGCAGCUCCAGGAAGAACAUCUCAGCAAGAUUCAGUCUGGUUUGGGAAAGCUCAUUCUGAAGGAGGAGAUGGAAAAAGAGCAGAUCCGGGAGCGACAUGCACGUAGCCUCUCUGCUCAGCGCUACGACCCCAAACAGACCAACUGUGACGCAGAUCCAACUUCUCCAACAAAAACUAACUCUCUGCCUGGCUAUGGGAGGAAUGGGCUACAUCGGCCCCAGUCUACAGAUUUCACACAGUACAACAGCUAUGGUGACAUGUGCGGAGGAGGCAGAGAGUUUCAGCACAUUAAGGAUGGCCGUGCAGCACUUGCAAGGAUGGACAGGGGAGUAUCUAUGCCUAAUAUGUUGGAACCAAAAGUGUAUCCCUAUGAAAUGCUCAUGAUAACCAGUAGAGGGAGAGCUAAACUGCCCAGGGAUGUGGACAGAACCAGACUGGAGCGCCACUUAGCACCCGAAACGUUCUUUGACAUCUUUGGAAUGGAGAUCCAGGAGUUUGACAGGCUUCCCCUGUGGAAACGCAACGACAUGAAAAAGAAGGCCAAGCUCUUCUAGCACUCAGAGCAGCAUGCGCAUACUGUACAUUCAUCCAGAUAGCACACAACAACUGUAAUCUAGAUGUAGGUUUGGGUUUAUUUCCUUUUCUUCUGUUUUUUUUGUUUUAUCCUGACAUAAUCAAGGAAGCGGUGACAUGGACUCUUUUUGCUCUGAUGCUUCCUCAGACUGUGAGCUGAAUGAUUUGUCCAGUUAGACUUGCACAGGAAACAAGGAAUGGGAAUCUCUUCCAUGUUCAAAAAUGACAAAGAAUGAGAAUGGAUGAUAAGUAGGGUCAUGUUAUUUGGUUUGACUGCGCUUGUUUUACUUCUUGCUUUGCUUUGAGUGGAACUGCUUUCCUUUCUUUCUUGCUUGUUUCUUCCUACUAUAUGUUGCUGUUGAUUCCUGUGGAACUUUGUAAGUACAGUAGAACCUCAUGGCGCCAUUACGAAAUGUCCAUGCUCGUAGCUUGAACAUGUGUCAGCUUUCCUCCGCUUGGGCUGAAACAGUUUUAGUCCAAAGUUUGCAAGAAUCGGCUCAGUGAGUCUUUGAAUAAAAAAAAAAAAAGAGGAAAACGCUGGGAAAGCAGUCAGCUGACCCAUCAACUGUUUUACUGGAUCUACAUGGAAAUGAAUCAUCCAAGCACCUACACAUCAUCAGUCUCCCUCCCCUGCCUACUGUACACGCCAAACAUUCAUCUGACCCUGACAAAAAGAAAAUGUCUCUCUUCUCAGGCUCUCAUAAACAUGGCCAGACACUUUCCCUUUACAUUUAUUGGAAGUACAAAUCUUAAUAUAUUUUAAUGCCGUAUCCAACAUACAGUAAACAACACAUAGACAAAACACCUAAUGUAAGGAGCAACUGUAUUUGAAAGAACUGUUUUAUAAAUGAAAACCCACACUGCCAUUUGUUGUAUUGAAAUCUAAGCCAAUAAAGCUUUAAAUCACCAUGAACCAUAUGAUCCUCGGCUAUACCAAAGGUACCCACCGCCUCUUUUCUGUUCUCUGUUUUCUUCUUUGCAUUUCACCAAUAAACACACGGGCUCAGCAAUGUUACACAGGGUGAGAGGUUUACUUUUACGGCAACAUUUAGCCUAUUGAUCGUCCUCACAGACACAUUAGUAGGGGCCCCUGUGCGGAAACAUCUAGGCCUAUGCCGAUAACAAGCACUUACAGUAUAUAUCUGCAUCCUGAGGUUUUGUGUGGGGACAAAUAUUCCUCUGCUGUCAACAAACUAGUGAACGACAGCCACCAACUAAAGAUUUAUUCAUCACUCUCGUAGCAUUGACGUAAUUGAAACUUGAUUGCAGAUUGUGCCUUGA